UUGCCGGGUCAAAGGUAUUUAAGAAAAUAAGCGGUAUUAACAAUCCUAUAUAUCAUGUUUAGUAUGGCUGGUUUUAGACUUUUCAAUGUUGUGAUAUUAGUAGUCAUAGUUAAUUGUGUAUCAACUGUUUUAAGUAAUGAUUCGGAAGAGGAAAUAUUGGUGACGGAUGGAAUGUUAUAUGAGAACCAAAGGGAACAAUUUGGUGAUGCACUAGGAUAUGGAUAUUUAAGAGAUAAACGAUACUAUGGUAAUGGUAUAAAAAGACAACCUGAUGAACCUGCCAGCAGCGGUCAGAAAGAAAAGCGGAGUGGUGGAAAAUUUGUUCAGAAGCGUUCGGCAAGUGGAUCGGAUAUUUUCGGAACUCUAGCGGGUAUAUCUGGUGGUUCGGUGAUACAUGCGGAUAAGACAAAUAUUUCAAAGGCAGUAGACAUAUUGUCUUCAGUGACAUUGACAAAUCCAGUGAUUGUGACAAGAAAACAGCUUACAGUUAACGGCGUUUCUCAGGUUCUGUUCUACGUAGACCAGUCACUAACUAAACUAGCCUUUGAAAUAAAGACGUCAUGCUGUAAACCGCAAAAGUUGAUAGUCACCGAUCCAGCAGGUAGCAAUUUGACGACGACAAGUGCAAAUGUAACUUUGAAGGUAGAUACAACAACCAUGACAUACGUGCAAAUCUCAAGGAGUUUUGUUCCUGGAAACUGGACCUUGACAAUGUACGACACGCACAAUCAGGACUACGACGUGACUAUACACGCUAGCAGUGUCAUUAACUUUGAUUUAGCGUUCUGCGACAACCUAGGGAAUUCAGUAUCAGGACAGCCUUUACCAGGCAGAAAUUCAACGUAUGUUAAAGUCACGCCGCUUGGAAAUGACAUGGUAUCAAACUGGACAUACCUGCAGAUAAAACACUUGAACGGAUCGCUGCUUCAGAAGAUACCGUUAGGGGCAUUGCGAGGGUCUCGGACUAGUAAAGCUUUUCUUGUCCAAGUUGUAUGGCCAGAUAUGGAUGUGCGUGUUGGAGUUGUCGGAAAAGACAAGGAUGGUAACACAUUCACAAGAGGUCAAGAAACGCUUGUUCAACCUGUGGGUAUUCGACUCAAACUUAAUAAUUCUGAUGCAGAAUUUAUCCAUUCCUGCUUUGUUCCUUUGUUUGUGCCAUUUACGAUUACAAACACGGGGCCAUCUGGUAGCUUUGUCCUUCAAGCUACAACAGACAAUAUGAAUUUUCUUGCCAGAACUUCUCCAGUUGUGGUCAAGAUAGACAGCUUAAGCACUGUGCAGGCACACUGUGACGUAACUCUGACAUCAUCUCCGAGUUCAGACCAAACUACGCAAGUUAUAAUAUCGGUUGUUGAUUCAGCAUCAAAAUCACAGUAUGUAACGAAGACCAUUAUAGCAAACGGAAUCAGUUGUUUUGCUCAUGUUACCCACAGUUCUACUGUCUCAUCAUCAACACAAAGAGGCAUGCCAAAUGCAUCCGUUACUACAACUGGUGCUUCAACAUCAUCCGGGAUGCAACUAAAUCUCAUCCUAUAUUUAUUAACGGCAAUGGUGACGUUUAUUACAGUCACAACAAACAGUUUUGUAUUGUGAUCACGGUUUGCAUGUUUUUCACAUGUUCGCAAAUAUGGGUAUUUUUUUCAGCACAGCAGGGUAUUUAAAUAUUUUGUAUACAUUUUGUUCAGGAAUUAUAUUUUACUUACUAUUACUAAUGCUUCGCAUAAAUUAAAUCGUUACUAAAACUGGUUUUGGUUUUCAAGAAAUAUAUCAGAAUAUCAAAAAACAAUUUAAUCAAAGAUAUUACAAAAAAUGUAUAUUAUUGAUACAGAUCUUUUAUUGUUUGAUAUAUGAAUUUAAUGGUGCAUUGUUAAAUAAACAUAUAAUACUACAGAUGCUUCAAACAUAAGUAACUCCCGACAUGACAAAAAGUUAAGUGACAUAUUCAAAGACACUUUGUUCAUAAAAUAAAAUAUGUUGAACUUGAAGAAAAGAUUUGCCGUGUUAUAGAUUCGUUGUCGUGUUUUUUAAGUAAACGACCAUUUGUUUUUGAAUUUUUAUAAUAUGUCUUUUUUUUUUAAAAAAAAAUACAGUGUGUUGCUUGAAGAUUGUAAACAACUUUUAUAGGGUUUUUUUUUGUUGAAUGACAUCUAUGACAUGCAAAUAAAAUAGUUCCCUUUA